CACAUAUUAAUUUUUAAUGUGGAAAUUACUGUUGGUCGCCUUAAGUAUUGCAUAAUUCAGAGCCCAAGAAGAUGAAUUGAGUGAAGAAGAGUCAGAAGCUUAAUUCUAAUAAUAGGAUUAAUAACAAAAUUAUUAUUAGCAAUAACAAUACGGGUGCAUUAUUUUGACAAAGUACCACCUUUAGGAAAGAAGUCAAGAAUUGAUGUCGUUGUUCAAAUCGAUUGCUAAUGAAUAAGACAAAAGAAAUGCAUAUGAAAAAUUAUAAGCUUAAUUAGUGAUGUAGUGCAUCCAAAAAAUCUAAUACUAACAAUUGGCUGAUCUUUUUAAUUAAUUGAGACAAUAAACAUUUAAGUAUUAGGAUUUCUAGGAUGUUUUCAUGAUGACUGAUCUGAGUUUGGAAGAUGAUUUCACUUUAACAGAUUAAGAAAAGAUAUUAUCAUAAGAGAUAGAGAAAUUCGAUAAAAACAUGCAAGAAUAAUAAAAAAAAUAUAAGUAAGAAUAAGGCUAUGACGAUGAUGAUGAUGAGGAAGUGGAUCCAAGAAGAAGACAAUAACCUUAAGGCUAUAAACUAUUUGGAGUUGAUUUGGCUAAGUUAUCAAGUACCACUCAGGCUAUUAUCUUUGUUGGUUUAAUUUCCUUAUUCAGCGUCAUAUUAUUUUUAGGCUUGAGAUUUGUGUAACAAAAUACCUAAGGCCCAGUGAAGAGAGCAAAGAAAGAUAAAAAAGUAAAAUAAAAAUGAGGAUAAUAUAUUAUCAAUAUUAUUAGAAUCAAUUUUUGUUUA